AUGUCACCUGAGAACACUAAUGCUUCAAAAUUUGCAACUGAGUACGUUCAAAAGUGUCCCUGCAACAGAAACAACGAAGAAGUGAAUCAAUCUUCUGGUGUCGAAGAUUAUAGCGAAUGUAGUAUAGAUUCGAAUAAUAUUCAAAAGGGUGCCACGUUUCCUUUUAAACCUACGCCAAGUGGAAACUUGAAAGUACAGUCAAAUCAGGUAGUAUUUCAAUCAUCUACUGUUGGAGUCCUUUUAGCCGAUCCCACUCAAGCAAAAGUAAAAGUGAAAUUUCCAGUGGCGCCAUAUGAUGUAGCCAGUGAAUCUGAGCCCCAAUUACAAUACGGUCAGAGGGAACCUAAUACUAAUACACAGAAGAAAAACAACCCCGAUAAAAAUGUAAAAGAGAAACACGUCAGUGUUAGGGAAGAUAAAGGUAAAGACUUGGCUACUCUCGGUUACGCUGCGGUGGAACCAAUUGAUUGGAUGCGUGUACAACUACCCAAGAAAUUAGAUUUGUUUCAAGAGUUUUACAGGCGUAUUCAUAAUCAUAUGUAAGGAGCAUCAAUACACCCGUUCUUUACAGUAUAUGUUCAUAAUAGAUUUAAUUAGGUAAUAGCACAGGUGACAUUUAUUAAUAUUCACAAGUUUAUAAAAAGAAAUUAUCAACAAAAAAUGGUCGAGUUAUAAAAUCUGUUAAAUUUCUCUAGUUGUUUUUAAUUCUUAAUGGGAC